AUGCCACGACAGCAGAAAAACUUGCAAAGGCAGUUGCAGGAAAUGCAGCAACGCGAAGAAAAUUCGCAAAGGCAGUUGAGAGAGAUGCCACAACGCGAAGGAAAUUCGCAAAGGCGGUUGAGAGAGAUGCAGCAACGCGAAGAAAAUUCGCAAAGGCAGUUGAGAGAGAUGCAGCAACGCGAAGAAAAUUCGCAAAGGCAGUUGAGAGAGAUGCAACAACGCGAAGAAAACUUACAAAGGCAGUUAACAGGGACGCAACGACAGCAGGAAAACUUGCAAAGGCAGUUACAGGAAAUGCAGCAACGCGAAGAAAAUUCGCAAAGGCAGUUGAGAGAGAUGCAACAACGCGACGAAAACUCACAAAGGCAGUUAACAGAGAUGCAACGACAGCAGGAAAACUUGCAAAGGCAGUUACAGGAAAUGCAGCAACGCGAAGAAAAUUCGCAAAGGCAGUUGAGAGAGAUGCAACAACGCGAAGAAAACUCACAAAGGCAGUUAACAGAGAUGCAACGACAGCAGGAAAACUUGCAAAGGCAGUUACAGGAAAUGCAGCAACGCGAAGAAAAUUCACAAAGGCAGUUACAGGAAAUGCAGCAACGCGAAGAAAAUUCACAAAGGCAGUUACAGGAAAUGCAGCAACGCGAAGAAAAUUCACAAAGGCAGUCACAGGAAAUGCAGCUACGCGAAGAAAAUUCACAAAGGCAGUUACAGGAAAUGCAGCAACGCGAAGAAAAUUCACAAAGGCAGUUACGGGAAAUACAGCAUCGCGAAGAAAACUCGCAAAGGCAGUUAACAGAGACGCAACGACAGCAGGAAAACUUGCAAAGGCAGUUACAGGAAAUGCAGCAACGCGAAGAAAAUUCACAAAGGCAGUUACAGGAAAUGCAGCAACGCGAAGAAAAUUCACAAAGGCAGUUACAGGAAAUGCAGCAACGCGAAGAAAAUUCACAAAGGCAGUCACAGGAAAUGCAGCUACGCGAAGAAAAUUCACAAAGGCAGUUACAGGAAAUGCAGCAACGCGAAGAAAAUUCACAAAGGCAGUUACAGGAAAUACAGCAUCGCGAAGAAAACUCGCAAAGGCAGUUAACAGAGACGCAACGACAGCAGGAAAACUUGCAAAGGCACUUAGAGGAAAUGCAGCAACGCGAAGAAAAUUCACAAAGGCGGUUGACUGAGAUGCAGCCACAGCAGGAAAACUUGCAAAGGCUGUUGAGAGAAAUGCAUCAACGAUUAGAGAACUCCCAACAACAGGUGUCCACCUUAGAGAGACAACUGAGAGGCAAAGAUCAGGAAGUAAAUGAACUAGAGUUAAGUCUUUCAUUAGCCCAGCAAACGAUAAGUGAACAACGACGACAGGAAACAUGCGACUGGGUCGUUUCCCGCAAUGAAAUUCAUAUGACAGAGAAUUGCCUAGGGAGGGGAGGUUGGGGAAGGGUCAAUGAAGGUACCUACUGUGGCUGUACUGUAGCAGUGAAGCAAAUCCAUGACCUGAUUCUGUCUCCUCACAACAGGCUUCUAUUUGAAAGAGAAAUGAAUAUUGCAUCAGCUUGCCGCCAUCCCUGUUUGCUGCAGUUUAUCGGCGCCACAAAUGACGAGGGAACUCCUCUGUUUGUGACCGAGCUCAUGGAGAUGAGUCUGCGAGCUCUGUUAGCACAGCGGCAACUUUCCGAAACAGAAAUAACUGUAAUUUCUUUGGAUGUAGCUCGUGCGCUGAACUACCUUCAUCAGAAGAAACCACAUCCCAUCAUUCACCGGGACGUCAGCAGUGCCAAUGUGUUGCUAUGGCGACAAGGUGAUCAAUGGAGAGGUAAAGUGUCAGAUUACGGCACUGCUAAUUUCAUGCAGCAGACCAUGACAGUGGCUCCUGGAGCUAUGAUUUAUAGCUCACCUGAAGCAUUAACUCCAAACCAGACAGUGAAGGUUGGUUAUUACUGAUUUUAGGGCCCAGCUUUUUUAUAAGCAUAUAACAGUGUGUGCGAGCGUGACCUGCGGAGUUUGAGUGAACGUUUUUGAGGUGGGAUGUCACUGAGUCAUUCAGAAAGUACUUUAUGUUUAGAAGGUUCUUCAGUUGAAAUCGUCUCUUAUUAUCAGAGCAAGAAAGGUGCAUCAAAAUGUAGAUUUCUCAAACGUAAACUCGAUUUUUUUUCCUAUUUUUUUAGGUCGAUGUUUAUAGCUUUGGUGUUUUAUUGUGCGAAAUGUGCAUUCGGGAACUCCCAAAUCCUGAAAAGCGUGACGAGCAAGUUUUGUUGAUGACGAACCGCGUGUUAAGAGGCCUGGUACGGCGAUUCCUGCAGACAGAUCCUGAAGCGAGACCAACCAUGCAGGAGAUAAUCGAUGAAUUAUCCGGAGCUGUGUAACGUCCAUCAAAUAUUUUGUGAAAAUGUUUGUUGUUAAUAGAUUCAGUGAAUUGUUAAAAAUGUUUAUUGCGGGAAGUUGUGUCUAAUCGUUUCUCGUGACAAGUAGCUUACAAAAGUGUUACUAGAAAAACAAUUCCUCGGGUUAAAAACAAACAACUUAUUGGACAUAGCAAGGUUUUCUCUGUAACGUUUUAGUAAUGAUACCCAAAAGCCUUACGGCUGUAUACAUGUAUACAAUACAAUACAGUACAAUAAUUUAUUUAACCACGUUAUCGUGUAAGAGCAACAAGUGCUCGUUCAAAAUACGAACGUGCAGUAUAUAUUUUUCGUAUUCACCAUCGUAGUUAGUAGCAAAUGAUCUUUUUCGAGUAGCGUUGUUGAAAACAAGUUAAUUAGGUCUGGCAGAAAAUCGCAGAGACGCUAGUCUAUGUCCUAAGCUUGCUUUCUAUUUGACGGUUAAAUUGGAACAUUAAAAAAUAGAUAGCUUUGUUUUCCAUACGCAAUAGAGUACGUUACUUGUAAGAAAUAUUUUGACGUUUAUUUAGAUAUUACUUCCUUCUGAAGAAGUUCAUAGACAUGAGGUAGACAAUAUAUUUUUAAUACUUUUAUGACUUUUUUUAUAAUUAGAAUUGAAGAUACGAGUAGAUAUGGC